CUUUGAAACACAUGGCCGCCCACAGUGUUUACAACUUCUCGCAAUGAAGUGGUGAAUAGAAACACAAAGUCGCGAAGUAGAAGGACGUCGAGUUAUUUAGAGUAGUAUUCGGACUCUCCGGCUUUAGGUGAAACUUUGACAGCAUCGAGGAGAAAAGGUUUUACAGCCAAAACACGAGCAAAAAAAAGGCCAGGCAAGCCGCAACACAGGCUAGUGGGUGCUGUGAUGUCCUCGACCCCCAGCAGACUCAAACACCCACACUGCAGGAAGAAGCACUAUCCUAGUAGCACCUACCUCACCCACGUCUGACAGCCAACCCCCAGACACAAGGCACCAGGACGCCAGAUACAGGACUUGACAGGACAGAUUGAUAAACAAAGAGAAAUGUCUGACUCAGCUGGAGGUGGUGAAAGCGGUGGUGGUGUGGCAGGUACAGGGCAGGACGCAGAAGCGGAUAAUGAGCCCCCUCAUCAGGCACCACCUUUGCCUGAAGGUGACAACGCAGAGGUAGGGGAGAUCUCAGAGGAAGGGGUACCUCCGUCUGCCAAGCGGCCCAGGAUGAGUGAGGAGGGAGAGGGACUGGAGCAGACUGCAAAGGACAUCGAGGUUCAUGGAGAAACACCAGCACAGAAAGUGCAGGAAGACACAGUCCUACCUGCACAAAGAGAACCACAACAGUGUGAGGAGGAGGGUGGAGUUGGGGAAGAGGUGCCCGUCAGAGGCGAGGUUGAAGAAGAAUGCCGUCAGAAUGGAGAUGGCGAGCAUCAGGCACCUUUAGAAGAAGGAAAGGAGGGGAAACCAGAGGAGGAGCACAACGGAUCUGCAGACAGCCCCAGUGAAGGGCAGCGCCUUGGCCUAGAUUUUACCCAGAACCCCCAGAUGCUGACUGGUUCCUGGACUGAGUUCUCCAACUUUCCAGAGAAUUACCUCAAAGGCUGUAAAUGGGCCCCUGAUGGUUCCUGUAUCCUGACCAACAGUGCAGACAAUGUGCUCCGUGUGUACAACCUCCCUCCAGAAAUUUACAGCUACAACUGGGACUUGCUCCCUGAGAUGAGUCCAGUGCUGAGGAUGGCAGAGGGAGACACCAUCUACGACUACUGCUGGUUCCCAAAGAUGAACUCUCUCGACGCGGACACAUGCUUCUUAGCCAGCAGUAGCCGUGACAACCCAGUCCACGUGUGGGAUGCAUUUUACGGGGAGGUGCGAGCCAGUUUCCGACCCUACAAUCACCUGGAUGAGCUGACAGCAGCCCACUCUUUGUGCUUCUCACCUGAUGGAUCACAGCUCUACUGCGGCUUUGACAAAACUGUCAGGGUCUUUCACACUGAGCGUCCAGGAAGAGACUGCGAGGAGCGGCCCACCGUAGUGAAGAAGCAGGGCCAAAGUGGCAUCAUCUCCUGCUUUGGCUUCAGCCCCUGCCAGUCUGUUUACGCCUGUGGCUCUUACUCCCGCUGUGCUGGCCUCUACUCCUGCCAAGACGGCACCCUGCUGGCUCUACUGCCGACCCGUCACCACGGAGGCCUCACCCACCUGCUCUUCUCUCCUGACGGCAACUACCUGUACACCGGCGGGCGCAAGGAUCCAGAAAUCCUGUGCUGGGACCUAAGAGAGCCGGGCAAGGUUGUUUUUUCACUGAAGAGAAAUGUGGACACUAACCAGCGCAUCUACUUUGAUCUGGACCUGUCAGGCAGGUACCUGCUGAGUGGUGACACAGAGGGAGUGGUUUCAGUGUGGGACACCCUGACGGCUUCUCCUGAUGGUAACGAGGAGCUACUGCAACCUCAGCUCAGGUUCCAGGCCCAUUGGGACUGCACCAAUGGCAUUAGUAUUCAUCCCUUUAUGCCCCUGUUGGCAACAUCCAGCGGGCAGCGGCAGUUCCCGUGGCCCGGCGACAGUGAGGGUGACUCCGCCUCAGAGGGCGAGGGAGGCGAGGCUGUAAUGUCUCCUCAGGAGAUCCGACAGGACAACGCCCUGACGCUGUGGUGGGCCGGGCCCCUCAGUCCCGCAGCCGAGGAGAACCACGAGCAGAGCACAGAGGUGGUGGAGGCCUGAAGCCCUGUUAGUUCAGCCAGCUGACACAAAUUGAGUUACACUUGCCAUGUGAUAUUUAUUUUGGGGAUGUUUGGUGUGGAUAAAGCUAAUUAUGAGCCAGUCUGUUUGCCUUCAGCAACAUGAAGUGCUGGGAGCGGAGAGCAUUUCUGAAAUAAUUUUAAACAAGAAACAUCUGGUAACCUUAAAUAUUAGAUAAUUCAAAGUCCAAAAAAAUAUCUCAAAUUGAUUCUUAAAAGUAUAAUAUGCAGGAUUGUCAUUUACUCUUUGUAAACACACUAACCAGUAAAAGUGAAAGUCAGAGCCAAACCCAGAUUCACUCUCGUUUGGCAUUUUGCCUUGUGAUAUCUGCAUUUUUUCAGGGCUAUGUCUUUUGGAUGGUCUGCUGGCAUCUGGUCACUACCUUGCCAUAAAGCCCAUAAAUGUCCUGAACACAGAAAAUAAGAAGAAAAGUAAGAAAAUCCAGACAGACAGCAGGGUUGUAAGUGAUGAUUCAGAGUUGCUAGUUCUUUGAGUCUAUGCAUUGUGUUUUUGUAGGAAAAUCCUGCAUAGUAUAUCUUUAAUAUGUAAUACCUUUAAGUUACAACAGUUACUGACAGUAAAAAAUGUCUAAGAUUAAGGGAUUAUGAAACAAAGCAAAUCAAGUCAGUACAGAACAGAUUUUCAGGGUUCUGUGUGAAGACUUAUUUGUUGUAAUUUAGUGAAAAAUCCUUUUUUUUCUAAGACUGUGGUCGAUGCAAAAGCAAGAAGGUUUUCUUUAAAGCCGUAAGACCAGUCCAUCCCUUUCCGUUGGGAUCCGCUUUGUUCUGAGUGUCGUCGUCUGACGUGUCCACCAGGAUCUGUGAGGAUCCCUAUGCGGAUGUCUGCGUGCAGCCCAAACUUUGUCACUGUGCAAACUGUACAUACAUAGCAAGUGCACUGCCUGUGCAUUCUCCAGUAAAUAUUUUCUCUGGUUCCAUACUCCAGUCCGGUCGGUGGUGAAUGCACAUCAGGCUGAUUUGCCAUUAAAUAGAAUGCUUCUCCUCGUUGAUGUUUCUCAUCUCUUGCAGCAAUGUAUUGUAUUCCCUGUCCCUUGUUGGACUCUCUUGAAGCAGUUGCUCAUCGUAUUUUCUCUUUUUUCCUGUUAAUCCAAAACCAACAAACACAGGAGCUAUCCUUGAUGUCGUGAUCUUCUUUACUAACGCACACGUCUUCUUCUUGAUUUUUAUGGCGGCUGCAUGGAGCGCCAGACCAGUGCGGAAUGCAGAAAGUAUGUCCAAACCUUUACUCAGGUUGAGACAAGAUAUGGAUUCCGUUAGGAUUGGGUUGGGACCUGAUAUUCCUCAAUUUUGUCAUUUUAUUAGUGGGAGAUUUUUUUUUAUCCAGACCAGAUGAAAUAUAAGGAAUCUUUAUUUAAACUCUCUUUUGUGGCGUAUGUGCCUCCUCAAUUGGAUGAAUAUGGCCGAACUGAAGGCCUUGACUGGCGUGAAGCAGCCCAGUGUCUGUCUACUGAUCACACCUCCGAUCUGAGUCGAAUCUGUGCGAGUGUUUGUUUACGUGUGUAUGGCUGUAAUGCUGCCCUGGAGAUUCCCUAACUGCUAUAGUUACAGUAAGUGCCAUUUGUUCUUGAGCUUUGCUUUUGUAAACCGAUGGGAUCUCCAGUUUUUAACCUUGUUUUUUAAACUGUUGGACGCACCAAGUGUUGUGUCGCUCUGUGCAUGCCCACAAAUGUAUAUUUUUGUAAAGCCAUGAUGAUCAUUCUAAUUUUUUGAAUGUAUACUCUGUAAGCAGCUUGAUUACUGUAACCUCAUAAUCUGUGAAAGUGUUUGAGUAGUGGGUGCACAUGGAAAACGAGUGUCUAUUAUUUUUUUCUACAGAUCGGGCUCGGAUUACACUUGUACGCGUGCGAGUGGCGACGUGGCAGCACAAAACACAUUGUGUUUGCAUAAUUGUAUUAACGAUGUACUGCGGUGAUUUGCUCAAUGCUUUUGUUGCCAUCAGCAGGGUGUGCUUUGCUUCAGGGUUUCUUUGCAGGUAGAUCAGAGGGAGCACAGUAUGCUCCAACCAAAGCCGUGUAUCUGUAGACACCGAGGAAUCUAUCAGUUUUGAAGCCACUGCAGAUCCAGGUUUGACUUCUUGGAACUCAAAUUUGUUGCCAAACAAUAGUAGCUACAAUUGUAUAGCUAUUAUUACACAAUACAACACAGAUUUGCUCCAUCUGGAAGCAUUUGGAACCAUGUAGGCCUUGAUGUUUGGACUUAAGUUUCUAGAUAGAUGGCUGUGUCUGCAACAGGUGUCUUUCUGGUGGUUUUUAUUCAAGCUGCAGUGAAUUAAAAGCAUAUCUCUUCACAUA